AUGAAGCGCUGCUUUGCUAAUCCUUCUCGCAUGCGGCUGCUUUGCAGCAAGAAGGCCGCUCGAGAAGGGGGCGAAUGUCUCGCGGUCUCGGUGGAGAUCGCGCCUGCGGGUCCCGUCGUCGAGGUACAGGAGACAAGCAUGGCAGAAGGAUGGACAGGUUGCCGCUUCUCACCUUCUGCCCUAUGGUUGGCGCUCAAAGUGGCCGAGCCGCGCAGCCUCGCCGAGUGCUCGUCUGCACGGGCGGGGUCCCCGAAGGCUAUCGAGUUCGGAUGUGGUGUUGGCCUCUCAGGGCUGGCAGCACACGCCCUUGGAUAUGACACAACACUCACCGAUUGUCUACCGGGUCAUCUCAAGAACUUGGCAGCACACGCCGCUAAGUUGAGGACAAAGUUCCCGAAGAGUGCACCUCUUCGGGUCCGCUUUCUUGAUUGGAUCUCCGACGUUGGCGCCGACCUCUCUUGUUCAGUUGACCUGGGCUCACCGGAAAAUGUGGCAUCUUCAGCCAGCUCUGACUGGGAGUGCUUGGAGAAGGAGCAGUUGAACAGCUUCGACCUGGCGCUGGCUAGCGAUGUCGUGUAUGAAGAGCACCACGCAGUACUCCUGCCAAAAGUUAUACAGCGUUGGUUGAAGCCAGGAGGUUGCUGGGCCGUCUCCCUUGCCAUUCGAGAUGCAGAUAUGAGCUGUAGGUUUCUGGAGCAGCUGCACGCUCACGGACUAGUCCCCAGUACUGCCGAGCACAUGAUCAUAGAAACCGCGUGCCGAUCAGAUCGAUGCUCCUACUGCUCCUUGCGGGAAGCUUGGCCGGUAGAUACACCACCGCUCGACCGGCUGAGCUGGAAGCUGUGCUCAGGCUUCGCAGCAUCGUCAGAGGUCACGAAGGAGGCGCUAUCGCACACGACCAGAGGUGCCAGCUUCUUAGAUCAUGGUGGGGCAUGGUUGUGGCUGGUGGGCUUGCGAAAGGCUGACAAUAACGACUCCUGGCGCAAGCCCAAGCAGAAGGGAGGCACAGCCAAGGAGAAGGCCGCUCCGCAACCCAAAGAUGCUGCCAAAGCUGCAGAGACUUGGCUGGCGGGUGGGCCCAAGGGCUUGGGUGGCUUGAACGGUGCCGCGGCUAGCUCGCCCGGCAUUGCUCUGGCUAGCAGCAAAGGAGGCCCCGGCACCAACGCUCCUACGUCCCCGUCGAGCACGGCACAGGACGAAGACGAGGACACUGACCUGGCGGGUUUCUCCGGCCUCGCCGAUGCGGCAAACAAGGUGUGGGACGACCUCAUGGCCCGGAAGGGUGGCAUCAAGGGAAAGCAAGACAUGAACUCUCUCUUCGGCCUUGCAGAGCUCAAGGAUGCCGUGGAGCGGUCGGUGAAGCGGGUGAACAUGCUGCAGCAGCAGGCAGAAAGCGCCUCCUCGACUCUCGAGGAGAAACAGACUGCCUUGGAGGAGCUUCGGCGGAAAAUAGAGGCCGGCGCCAGCACUCCGAACGUGCGUUGGAAGCUAGGUGACAUGGCAGUGCGACGGGGCAAAGGCUUCUGUGAACUCAGCAUGGUGCAGAUGGAUGUCCAACCUCCUUGCUUCGAGGUCCGGAUGUCAACAACCGGCACCAUCGUCAGCACGGAGUACGAAAAGCUCGUCCCUCUCACCUCGCAGCAGCAGAUGGCAGCGCGGUCAGCUCUCAAAGAGCUCGAGGAGGCCAAGAAGCGUGUGGCUACGACCGACGAGGGCCUCACACAGGCCCAGGAGGAGCUUCGGCAGCAGCAUCAAAGCCUCACUGAGCAAGUGGAGGUGAAGCUGAAGGAGCCCAUGGCACCACCGGGCCUGCCUGACUUCGGCUACCUCCAGAAAUCGAAUGCGCAGCCGACGAAGGCGGAUGCUGCAGCAUAUCCUGAGGUGAAGGGAAUGAAAGAAGAUCUGCGUAAGCCAGCUGCUGGAGCGGUGGCACGAGAGGCUUCCAAAGAUCAGAGCCGGGCAGAGUCUGGAACAGCGAGUGCAGGGAACACAUUGCCUCGCCAGGCACCAAGUGGGCCGGCAGGGUUUCCAUCCUUCCAAGACCUCGGGAGGAUGCAGAAGGAGGCAGAGGACCGUAGCAAGACCGAAGCCGCUCGCACAGCCUCAUACCCGGCGCCGCAUGCCACUCGAGAGGUCUUCACAAGACCUGAGGGCCUGGAUCGUUCUGGUUCCUUCUCCGCCGGACCUGCGCCCGCCGGCCAGGGCCAGGAUGCUGCCCCUGGCCGCGCUGCGCCGGGCGAGACACCCUACGUUCCGGCCGGCAUGCCUGGUAUUCCCUCCAACUCGGGACCCUCCGGUUCUGGGCCGAAGGUCUCGCUACAGCAGGAGCGAGCAAAGCAAGAGGCGUUUCUGCAGCACCAGGAAGCUCAGCUACACCGAGAGGAGGCCCAGCGGCAACAGCAGCAGGAAGCGCAGCGUCAGCAAGAAGAAGCCGAGAGGAGCCGACGAGAAAGAUACGAGGAGCAACAGCGGAAUCCGGGACAUUCGGACCGGCCAAAGGAGCAAAAGGAUGCAGAACCUCAGCAACCCCCGACCGACUGGGUUCGGUACAAAACCCCAGAUGGGCAAGUGUACUACCACAACGAAAGAACGAAUCACACGGCCUGGUCGCUGCCGCCAGGGGCCACCAGCCGAGAGCCGGUGGCAGCCGGCCAGCAAGGCUCACAGCAAGCGAAGGAGGACGAGCCCUGGGCUGACCUGCGGAAGCAGCAGGAGGAGGAGACACGCAAGCAGCAGCAGGAGUGGCAACAGUGGUACCAGCAGUACACGCAGUGGUACUCCCAGCAGGGAGCUGCAGGAGCUGCCGGUGCCGGAGCCGCAGGUGCGGAGUCCGGAAAACAGAGCAAGUCAGGUGGUCAAAAGCAACAGAAGGGAUCGCAGGGCAGCGAACAAGCCGGCAGCUACGUGCCGCCACGCGGACCAGCACCUCCCAAGCUUGAUGCCGGGUUCGAGGACCAUGCCGUGUACCAGAUCAAGAGCUCCGUUCUCAAGGAGAUGGAGUCAAUGGUCAACCAGGGCUUGGAGGUUGCGAAGAGGAAGAAGGCCUUGAGGUGCCUUCAAUUGCGGUGGCAUCCUGAUAAGAACCCAGACAAGCUGGAGGUUGCCAACAGCAUCUUCCAGUUCAUCGAAGAGACUAAGCCAUGGUUUCUCCAUGAUCCGAAUGCUCAGUAG